AUGAAAAGGCUAUUCCUGGAGCACUUUUUCCCUCCUACCAAGACUAAUGCGCUUAAGAAGGAAAUCAGUGGUGCAAAGCAGGAGUAUGAUGAGUCCUUAAGCGCUUAUUGGACCAGGUUCACGAGAUUGGUGGACAGCUGUCCGAACCACAAAUUCUCUGAAGGAGAUCUGCUUCAGUACUUCUAUCAGGGGAUGACCGUGGAUACUAAAAACCUUGUGAAUUCAUCGAGUGGAGGAGGGUUUUCCAAGAAUACUGUGAGUGAAGCCAAACGAUUGAUUCAGCACUUGGUGGAUGCAACGAGGGAGUAUGAUGAGCCACGCAUUCAAAUGCUCAAGAAAGCUGCGCAAGCAAGCUCCUCAAAUUUGGAUGACAAGUUCGAAGAGAGAUUGGGAAGGAUAGAGAGAAUGCUAAGUACGGUGGUGGAGAAAGUUGCAACUGCUGGACAACCAACAGAAAAGCCAUGUGGAGCAUGUGGUAAUCCAGGCCAUACGAGCUUGCAAUGCACAGGAGAUGAGGAAGAGUAUCAAGCCCAUGCGAACUCUUCCCACAAUUUUUACAGCUGCGAUGCGCCACUGCACCCUUUGCCCAAACGGGACCCGUACACGAACAAUCACAAUGCACCAUGGAGAAAUCAUCCCAAUUUUCGUUGGAGGGAUCCAGAGCAGAGGCAACAACAGCAGCCACCAGCGAUGCAACCGCCGCAGCAGCAAAACUACCGUCCUCCACAUCAAAGGACGGGGUAUCAAGCUCCACAAACUCAGCAGCAUCCUCCCGAAAAGCAAGGCAAAUCGCUUGAAGAGAUGAUGGCGGAUUUGAUAGGCAACCAACAAUUUUUGCAAGGUAAUGUUCAGCAGCUUCAACAAUCUCAAGCCGAACAGAAGGUGCAAAUCGAGGGACUAUCCCGCCAGAUGUCUCAACUCGCCACAUCCAUGAAUCAACUUAAGGGAAAUAAUGGAGCUUUACCAUCUCAAGUUCAUGUGAAUCCCAAGGAGAAUGUCAACAAGAUCACAUUGAGGAGUGGUACUGAGUUGAACGGACCAACACCCCAGAACUCUCAAAAUGGUCCGCAUUCAUUCAGCAGGCAGAACAGCCCCGUUUGGCAGAACAAGGGGUCGACAGUUGAGCAGAAGAGCAAGGGAGCAGCACUUGAGUCCACCGAGGAGGAGCAACCCAAGGUCUCUAAACCUUCAAGCCUACCUGAUCCUAAGGCUGCAAUAUCAGUUCCCUUUCCAGGAAGAUUGGCGAAGAAGAAGCCGGAGGAGGAGCUCAUCGAUUUUGUGAAGAUCUUCGGCAAACUUGAAGUGAAUCUUCCCUUCCUUCAAGCAUUGAAAAUUCCUCCAUUUGGGAAGUUUGUGAAGGACUUCAUAGCUGAAAGUCCAAGGCAACUGGAAAGAUUGUGA